GUUGUACCUAAACACUUAUUUUUCUUGCAAUUUCCUUCAUUAUCACCCCUUCCGACAAGGGUUUGAACAGUUUUGCAUUUGUUGUACGCACACGAGUAAACAAAACGACAAACCAACCAUGCCUAAUAUGUCAACUAUAGUUGGAGGGUGGAAUAGACCACUAUCUCGCAGUGGCUGACCCUAUCUGGCUUCCUUCUUGCUAUUCUCUCUCUCUCUAUCAGGUUCCACAGGAUUUCCUAAAGAGACAGUCGCCAGCGAUCAGGCAGUGGUGGAAGAUGAAAUCAGGCAACUAUGAUGUCAUCCUCAUGUUCAAGGUCGGGAAGUUCUAUGAGCUCUACCACAUGGAUGCUGUGAUAGGCGUGCAAGAGUUAGGACUGGCUUUCAUGAGGGGAGAUUUCGCACAUUCUGGCUUUCCGGAAAUCGCGUUUGGCAGAUACUCAGAGUCUCUUGUGCAGAAAGGAUACAAAGUUGGUCGAGUUGAGCAGACUGAGACACCUCAAAUGAUGGAUGCACGGUGCAAGCAAAUGGCCACGCCCACCAGACACGACAAGGUGGUGAGGAGGGAAAUAUGCAGCAUUGUUACCAAGGGAACAAGGACACCCAGCUUCUCUGAGGGGGUGGAGUCAGAGAGUGAUUCUGCAUUCCUAUUGGCUAUCAAGGAAAAGGCCGGAGACACGGCAAAUGAGUCCAUAUAUGGAGUAUGUUUCAUCGACACCUCCAUUGGCCAAUUCCACCUGGGCCAGUUCGAUGACGACCGACAAUCCUCUCGACUGAGGACACUGCUCGCUCACUAUCCUCCGGCCCACCUGCUGUAUGAGAGACAUAAUCUGAGUCCUCGGACAAUGCAGAUCCUGAAGAGAAUGUUGGGAUGUUGUCUCCAAGACGCCCUCUCUCCCAAUGUGGAGUUCUGGGGCUCCAGUCGUACUCUCAAGACAUUGGCCGAGGGGGAGUACUUCUCCAGUGAUCAAGAGUUUGAAUGGCCUCAUGUUCUUAAAGAGAUGCUGGCAGAAGGCGACAGUCUUGGGUUGACGGCGAAAGAAGACAGUGAUCUUGCCGUCAGUUCCCUCGGGGCAUGUGUUCACUGUCUCACGAGAUGCCUGAUUGAGAGGAACAUCCUCUCAAUGAAGAGCUUUACGCGGUAUGAACCGGUGGAUGUGAGUGGAGGGAGAAAGGAGAAAGAGGGAGGACCUCAUUUUACCACCUCACAGAGAAUGGUGUUGGAUGACAUCACCCUUAGCAACCUGGAUGUUGUUGAUCACCCGGGGCAACAGGACAGCUCUCUACUGCAGAGACUAGACCACUGCUCCACCCCCUUUGGGAGGAGACUCCUGAAGCAGUGGCUGUGUGCUCCGCUCUGCAGCCCUCGGGCCAUUCACGACCGCCUCGACUCUGUGCAAACCCUCAUGGGCCACGCCCACCUCGUUGGAGAGGCUCACGAGAAGAUGAAGUCACUACCGGAUCUCGAACGACUUCUGCGACAGUAAGCCACACCCACUCAUCAUCACCUGACCUCACGUGUCUCAUUCUCGUUCCAGGAUCCACGGCGUGGGAAUGAGACGACCAAACUCCACCCACCCAGACUCCCGAGCGAUCAUGUUUGAGGAGGCCACGUACAGCAAACGAAAGAUAAUCGGAUUUCUGUCAGUUUUGGAGGGAUUCAAAACGUCUGCAGAGCUGUCGUCACUCUUUGCGGCUGUGGCUGGGAAGAGUAAGUCUUCUCUGCUGAAGAGAGUGGUUUGUCGAGAGAGAGAGGGUGGGAAGUUUCCAGAUCUAACCGAGCAGCUGCAGUUCUUCUCGGCGGCUUUCGACCACACCAAGGCCCGGAAGGAAGGAACCAUUAUUCCUGCAAGAGGAGUGAAUCCGGCCUACGACGCUGCAGUGGAGACCAUCCACAAGACUGCCACAUGUCUGGAGGAAUACCUCGCGAAACAGAAGAAAGUGUUGGCAUGUCCCUCACUGGUCUACUGGGGCACGGGCAGGAACCGGUUCCAGCUGGAGGUACCGGAAUCAACCCCUGCUUCCCGCAUUCCUCGCGACUACGAACUGAAGUCUCAGAAGAAGGGAUGUCGGAGGUAUUGGACGAAGGAGACUAAGCGGUGUUUGGAGGUUACCAUGGCAGCAGAAGAAGAUAAACAAAUGGCUCUGAAGGACACAAUGAGGACGAUAUUCCACUCUUUUGCCCAACAUUUCAGUCUUUGGGAGAGUGCAGUCCAGUGCCUAGCAACCCUGGAUGUCCUCAUGAGCCUCACAACAUACAGUUCUUUGGGAGAUGGUGAAAUGUGCAGACCUGAGAUUGUGUCCAGUCCGGUACCGUUCCUGGACGUGAUGAACAGCCGCCAUCCGUGCAUCUCACUCACAUGUGGCGGAGACGACUUUAUUCCCAAUGACGUCAUCAUUAACGGCGGGCGGAGUCCGGAGGGGAGUUUGGUCGUCGUGGUGACGGGGCCCAAUAUGGGAGGCAAGUCGACUCUGAUGAGACAGACAGGACUCCUUGUCAUUCUUGCUCAGCUGGGUUGCUAUGUGCCAGCCAGCAGUUGUGCUCUCAGUCCAGUUGAUAGAGUCUUCACCAGGAUUGGAGCGUCUGACAAAAUCACAUCUGGUGAGAGCACGUUCUUUGUGGAGCUGUCAGAAACGGCCACCAUUCUACACCACGCCACUUCCCACUCCCUCGUCCUCGUCGAUGAGCUAGGAAGAGGGACUGCCACAUAUGACGGUACUGCCAUCGCCAGUGCCGUACUGAGAGAGCUGUCAGUGGGCGUGGCCUGUCGGACCCUCUUCUCCACCCACUAUCACAACCUCGUCGACGAUCUCCAUGGCAACCUCAAAAUCUCCCUCGGACACAUGGCAUGUAUGGUAGAGAAAGAAGAGGAGGAGGAGGGAGAAGGAGAGGAUGGUGUCCAGGAAGACUCAGUUACAUUCCUCUAUAAGUUCAUGGAGGGGGCGUGUCCUAAGAGCUACGGCUUCAAUGCUGCCAAACUGGCUGGACUGCCUCCUGAUGUGAUUAGAGCGGCCAGACGCAAGGCAAGGGAGUUUGAGAAAUCCACAGAGAGACGACGACUCUUUAGGAAACUGGUUGGCCUGGCCCCUGACUUCCCUCUAGACCAGCUGCUCGCCAUACAGACAAGACUGAAGCAGCUACAUAUCUAGAACAUUCUCUGAUUGACUCCGUGAAUCAUUUCAAGUAUAAUUAUACAUGAUUGUAACCGGAAAAGCUAGUUACCCCCGCCCGCUAUUGUUUACGCAUGCGCAUAAUGUGAAUCUAGUAAAAAUGCCUGCGGACACCCGGACCGCAGCGGUGUGCCGAAGGGGGGGUUUGCUUCGCUUCUUCGCUCUAUUUUGCUCCUGCUACGUGCUGGGGGUGCUGUUCCUGCACUACAGCGCCAGUACAGCCGGCGGGAAAAGCGAGGGCGCGGGUCUAGACGCGGCCGAAGAAGCGAGCGAGGGCAAAGACAGUGUCCAGAGACCGUCGAGAGUCCUGGUAUACUGCAAGACAGGGCUGCACAUGACUCCAUGCGGCCUCUUCCACCGCGUCUCCUCCAUCAAUACUCCGAAUUCCAGUUCAUCAUAAACUACACCUCACAAUCUCAUUUUUUAUCAUCUCACAGACACAAAAUUUCAGUGGCUGCUGGCUAUUCAAAAUAAUCUCUGAAAGUGGUGCAAAAUUGCAGUUUCUGGAGGUGAUUGGAGAUGUUGCCCUGUGCCCCGGGCACCAGGUCCGAGUGG